CUUUAUUCAAUCCAUUCACAGAGACCCGCGGGUAAACGCUAACUCCCAAAAUGUUUGUGCACAUUUACGGGGCAAUUUUUGUUGUUUUUGUUCUGUCGGUCCUCUGCGAAGUACCCGUUGGGAACGCGGCCCCUUCAGAGAUACAGGAUAAGUACCCCUGUCCUGUUUGUAAACUUUUGAAAAAGAUUUUGAAGCAAAACGAAAAUAUCGAGAAAAAGAUCGAUUUGCUUCUUGAAGAGGGCGACAACUGUUCACGAGUAACAGACUGUGCUGAUAUCUACAAGUGCGGUCAUGAAACCAGCGAUGUGUACACGAUCCACCCACACAAUCAAAAGCCCUUCGAUGUUUUCUGUGACCAGACCACUGAUGGCGGAGGCUGGACAGUGUUUCAGAAGAGACUGGACGGCUCCGUUGAUUUCUACCGCGGGUGGAAUGACUAUCAGGUGGGGUUUGGGAACCUGCAGGGCGAGUUUUGGCUGGGACUUGACAAGUUACACGGUCUGACUAUUAACAACAAGAAGCGAUACGAACUGCGCGUGGAUUUGGAGGAUACCUCAGGCAACCAAGUUUAUGCUGCGUAUGAAUACUUUGCCGUGUCAAGUGGAAAUUCCAAUUAUCAACUGAGCCUUGGAACAUACCAUGGAACUGCUGGUGAUUCGCUGUCCGGUCACAAAAGUUUGUCGUUCACCACAAAGGACAACGACAAUGAUCUUUACAGCAGUAACUGUGCCGUUUCGUUCCAUGGCGCUUGGUGGUACGGGAAUUGUCACUCUUCCAAUUUGAACGGCGCUUACCAUCAUGGCGCCCAUGCCUCCUACGCUGACGGGGUAAACUGGCACACCUGGAAGGGGUACCAUUACUCCGCGAAAAGGGCUGAGAUGAAAAUUCGGCCCCAUGAUUGGAUCCCAUUGUAGACCCUGGAUACAAAAGCUCUUUGUUUCUGGUCCUCAGAUGUUUGAAGUUCAAGUAGUCCGUUAUUUCAAUGUAUUUACCAUUUGCUUGUUGUUGUUGAAAAGAGCCAUACAUCUCUAGGUGCAGGACUCUUUUAAGCUUUACGAAAAAGUAGAUGAACUUUGUGUGAUUAGUAUGAAAAGACUGUAAUAAGGCCAGAAAAUAAAGUGGCUCGAUACCACCAUCUUCCA